AUGUCAUUUGGCUUUUCAGUCGGGGAUUUUCUAGCAGCGAUUGAACUUGUUCACGGACUUGCGGUCGCUCUGAGCGAUGGCCGUGGAUCAAGUGCCAAGUUCCAGGGCUUGGUCCAGGAGCUCUACUCUGUCGAGCGAGCCAUGAUCGAAAUUAAAAACCUCCAAGUGCCGCCAGAGUUGGAACCGAGGCUCUGGAUGAUCCAGCAAGCGACAUCUCACUGCCAAACGGCCAUCAGCGAUUUCCUUCGGAAAAACGACAUUUAUAUGCGGUGCCUUCGUGAAGGAGGUUCGAAAACCUGGUGGAAAGAUGCAUUUUACAAGGUCAAAUGGGCUGUCUACAAAGUAAAGGAUGUAGAUGAGCUGAGAGCCUCGCUUCGUGGACACGCAACGGCGAUGGGCCUCAUGCUUCAACUGCUACAGAUGCAAGUUCUCUUUCCCCCAAAAGAUCGGCAACCACAAACCAGACGCAAAGCAACUCUGAUUUGCGGUUGCUUAUGGUUCAAAUGCUGUAAGACUUGUGCCGAGGUCAGCUCCACCGUUGCGUUCUCGCGUGAGGGCAUCGCUAAUGAAGCCCAGAUUCUGAUUUAUGCGCUUAAAAACCGAUAUAGCGAGAGCGGCGCCCGGAAGGUUGACCUGGGCAAAUUUGCCAUCACAGACGAGAAAACCUCUCGCGACAUAGACCUCAGGCGUGAGUGGAAACUGUGCUUCCGACCGGGCCAACGCGUCAACAUGAGCUUGUUCUUUGAGAACACCUUCACCAACACGACUACUUGCCCGAGCUGUCACACGGAAUGCGCGGGGGAUCAGGAUAGGGAGAUUGAGUGUGGAAACUGCACCAUGAUAUUCCGGAGGAUCGAGAUGAUCCAGCCCCAAAACACAGGCCCAUCAGACCGCGAUGACCAAGCUCGCAACGGCGGUUCAAAUAUAACGGACCGAUCCGAAGACACCAGGCAUGAUCCGGCUCAAGUUUCCGAUGUCACUGAUUCUCCAUCACAAGACGAAGAGCCCUUGGAUGACGCGAUAUCCGAGUAUAAACGGGUCAGACUGCUAGAUUAUGGUAGAGUUCGCUGGGACACCUCAACAUGUGCUCAGGAAUUACGCAUCAACAAAACAGGAUUAGGGGUAACCUUUCCUGGUCCUCAAACGUCCGCCGACCAUACCACGCUUGCGUUCGUUAAGACGACGCCCUGGAGAGAAGAGAACACAGUACACUCUCUGAGGUACUCUGACUUGACCGGCGAACGAUUUUGCGACUUCGAAAUCAGCCAAAAACAUGACCCGUCUUCUCUAUCCCCUAGGGUGGGAUUCAGGGACGGGGCAAGCGUGGUGGCAAACUUCGGUGCUAGACCCUUUUCGGUGAUAACGGAGUCUUUGUGCUGCCAAAAUUCCAUGAAUCCGUUUCCGGUACCUUGUCCGUUUCCGGAUGUCAUGACCGUUUCCGGUGCCAUGGCUGUUUCCGGUGCCAUGGCUGUUUCCGGUGCCAUGACCUUCCAACACAAGUAUCAGCAAGAAGGUUUCAUGUGGCGAAUCCAACAGGUACCAGCUCGAGGGAAGGAGCGGGCUGUGGAUCGAACCGAUUAG